AAACAGUCAAACAAAAAUCCUAAUAGAAAAAAAAAAUAGAGAGGAAGCCCAAAAAUUCUUCCUAUCAAAUUAGAAUCCUUUCUCAAGACUCGUUUUGUUUGUCCGCCGCUGCAAAUGGGCAGCACGGAAGAAGAAACCACAAUCACAGCCAAACCCAUCCCUCUAUACGACGCCGCUUUACCAACCGAACCUCUCCUCUUCAAACCCACCACCAGCUCCACCUACCCAUCUCCUCCAAUCGAAGAACCACCUCAACCCGACCCUUCCGAAUCCGACCCAACACAGUUCAUCCAGAUCUCUUUCAAUUACGGACCCAGACCUUUCAAAGACCUCCCUUUUCUCUUCCUCUUCCUUCUCUCGAUACUCUGCACUUUUGCUUUCGGUAUUUUCUCAAUCUUCCAUCGAAACGACAACUACUCCAACGUUUCGACCUUCACCUACAAUUCCAAUUCCACUUCUUGCGUUCAGGGCACUUCUUUUUCAUCAAAAUCAGUAUGGGUUUUUGAAAGUUCUGUUUUUUCGUUGUCAAGUUCGAGUCUUUGGACAUAUGUAGCAUGGACCCUUGUCAUAACUUUAGUUCUAAGUGUACCCAUUUGUUUCCUUUUGCUUUUGUUACUCAAACACUACACCAAGCAGAUAGUUUAUGUUUUGCUUCCUUUCUUUGUAAUCGUGCCGAUUUUCUUUGAUGUUUAUUGGUUCGUUGCUUGUACCUUGAGCUCUUCUUGUAGCGACACUUUCCCUUUGGUCUAUAGAAUUUUGGUGCUUGUUUUUGUUUUACUUGGAGUUGGGGUUAUUGUUUGGAUCGUCGUGGCUAAUUGGCAUCGAAUCGAGUUGACCGUGAGGAUUAUCGGGGUUGCUUCCGAUUCGCUUUCGAGGAACUUAGGAUUGUUCUUGGUGAUACCGUUGUUGACCGCUGGAUUGUUAGUUUAUUAUGCCCCAAUUGUUGUGUUCUUGGUGUUUUCAACGUUUAAUGGGAAAAUUGUAGCUAAAGAAUCGAAUGGGGAGUAUACUUGUGUUUGGAAACAAGAUAGCUGGGUGCCGGCUUAUUUUACAUUGGCGAUAUUGACAAUGUUGUGGUCCUUGACAACAAUGGUGGAAGCUCAGGUUUAUGUUAUCAGUGGCACAAUUGCUCAAUGGUACUUCUCGAAGGAUGAAGAGAAACCUCACCGUAGUAUAAGACGAUCUUUGAGAAAUGCAUUUGGUCCUUCUUCUGGCACUGUCUGUCUAUCUGGACUACUUAUCUGUGUCGUUCGAGUGGUGCGUGCUGCUGUUGAUAGCGCGAGAGAAGAAGAUGUUCCCGGGAUAGUGAAUCUUGUCCUCCGGUGUUGUGUUAAUGCCCUAAUGUCUGCGAUAGAGUUUCUUAACAAGUUCACCAUCAACUUCGCCUCAAUAACCGGUGAGGCAUACUGCACAUCUGCGAGGAUGACGUAUGAGCUUCUAAGACGUAACCUGCUCUCUGCUGUUUUUGUGGAGACUAUAUCAACUCGUUUGUCAGGACUUAUUUUUGUCUUCUCGGCAGUUUACGCAAUUGUGGUAUGUGCUAUCUUAAAGGGUGUUAGUGAUCUAGGGGAUAAUGCAUACAUCGUUGCCGGUCUCGCCUGGGUGCUUCUAAUCGUAGUUCUGAGUUUCUUUGUCCAUGUGUUGGACAACGUGAUCGACACCGUGUAUAUCUGCUAUGCAAUCGAUAGAGAUAGAGGGGAAGUGUACAAGCAAGAGGUUCAUGAUGUUUGUGUUCAUUUACCAAUCAGUAGGAACAGUAGAUCAUCCUUCCCUUCUAGAACACUUGGUGUAUAGACAUGUCCCUGUAAGCUUGUAACUUCAAAAUAAUGUGUCGUUGGUUUGUCAUUUGGUUUUGGAUGUAUGUAUGAGGUUAACUGCCUUAUUGGGAAAUUGUGCAUACCAUCAUCACAUUCAGAUUGUGCGGUGUACACUUGUUUUAGGCUUGUUGAAUAAAGGAGCUUACUGUUUUUAAGCGAUG